AUGACGAAUUUUAGAAAUGAAGGAUUGCUUAUAACUGCACAAAAAAUGUGUUUAAUAGCCCUAACUAUUUGUGCAUACAUUCUAUUGUCAUCACAAAUACAAACUUGUCCACUGAUCAAAAAUGGCUCGAAGAUCUAUCCAUUUGAUGGUGAAUUUUACCAAUCAUCGGUACUUUUCUUGACUGCAGCUGCUAUAUAUAUAGGCGAAUGUGAUAUAUGGUCAAAGUAUAUAAAACCAAAAAAUAGACUAAUUCAAUUUCUCGCAGAGCUGUUUAUUAUGUCGAAUGUUAUAAUAAUUGUCUAUGCUCUAUUUUGGCAUCCAAUAGUCAUAACCACGUCUAUAUGCACUGAUAAAUUGAGUGGUCUGACACAUACGUGGUUGGGGAGUACGAAUAUAUACAAAAAAAGCAUUCCAAUUUGCAUGAAAACCAUUCACAGUACGAAGUUCCAUUGCAAUAUAUUGGGCGCGUCAAUAUUAUAUUAUGCACUCGAAAAGUUUGGAAAGAAUGACUUACGACGUAUAAGGUGUUCGUUUUGA